AUGGCUCAUCAUGAGCGGCGUAUCUGCCCAGUCUCCAGCUCCGACCUCCCUUUGCUCUCCGACCUUGUCCACACCUGCAAACUCGCCCUCCCCAUCAACCGUCUCUUAUUCAAAGACUGGCCCAAUGAUGCUGCUCAGAGACCGCUCUACGCGGCUGCCGUCGAAUCAGCAUUCAAAGAUGAAUUGGCAGUUUGUUUGAAAGCUGUUGACGAAGGAUCUGGAGAUGUCCUCGGGCAUGUCGCUUUGACUAGAAAACGACCGCCUACAGAGAGUACGGAGACCCAACUGCCUUCUAGUCAAGGAUCCGGUGGUGAGAAGCAGCAGGACAUAUCCGAGUUCUUCAAUCCCGACCUUCUCUCAGCAAUUUCCAAUGCGGUGUCUGAGAUUGCCAAGGAAACAGAGGAAGUCGAUCAUUUCGAACUAACGUACAUCUGCGUCAAACCUCCGACUCGUCGACAGGGGGUAGGAUCGCAACUGGUCCAUGUCUGCCUCGAAAAGGCAAGGGCUGAGGGUAUUCCACUUGUGGUCUGCUCUGAGCCAGCCGCCCAUGACUUCUUCCUCAGUCUAGGAUUCACGGAUACCACACAUGUGGACAUUGAUCUGAGAAAGUGGGCUCCAGCACACAGUGGGUUUGGCAUCUUCAGGCUAUCCGGAAUGAUUUGGUCUCCCUGA